CACGGCGUCUCAUCUCUCAUUGACGGAACACAUGCCCCCCAUCUUUUUUCUAGCCCCCCGAGCCUCGAGGACAGCGACAAUGCGGUGGAUGCUUGCAAAUUGACGCAUUCUGCCGACCCCUUCCUCUCGGUUGUCAUAUCCAAUCUGAAACCUGCCCUGCAUCAAGACGGCGUCACAUACGCGGGGCUGCCGUGUGCUCGCAUAUCGUACUGUCCACUGUGGUGGGAUGGCCGGUGGAACGCCUGGUCCGGUUGUCGCCAUCCGGGACGACAACGGCAUGAUGGCCCAGGACCUUGGAUGCUCUUGGUCUGCCGUCCAUUACGUCGGAUCGCCACUGUCAUUGAGGAGGGGAGGUGUUUACGGCGUAGCAGCAGAGGAAUAUCAUAUGUCGAGGCCCCCCUUCCAAGAAUGGGCUGGCACCCCCAUUCAUUCUCUUGGGGUCUCUGUUCCGAUCCUGGUCCUGUUUGUCUUUCUGAACGAACCUUCUCCCACCAACCCCAUCCAUCCUUGUGUUUUUCUACUCGGAGGUGUGGCCCGUAUGCUCAAUCUCAUUUCCCUGAUCCGAUCCAUCAUCCAGCAUCGAAAUAACCAUCUGGCUUCUAGGGCCGCGUUCCCACUUUUUCCCACUGCUUUUUUCCCUGCCGGAGGCUUAGAUGCUUCAGGUGGGCUACGUAAAUAACCAAUUGCUGCCCUCCCGCGUGGGCGCAUAUGUCGUUGCACCUGCCACUCUGCUUCCGUACCCUUUCUCGAUAUUCCUUUCUUGCUGUCCGGCUGCUCACUUGCGGCAUUAUCUUUCCUUUUGCCCGCCAUGGUCUAUACGUCUCCCGUCUCGUACGCGGCCGCGCUGCUGUCAGUGUUCGCGACCUUCGGCUCGGCCCAAAACUUCACAAUCUCCAACGGCCAGAUUUUCACACCAGGCCUCAUUAUCUUGAAUGCUCCUCAACCGGGAACCCCGCUGGGCGGAGAGAACCUUCAUGUCUCACUGGACGUGUCGACGAACGGCAAGAUGCCGCUGCCACCGUACGCCGAGGACAGCCCAACCAAGAUCUUCAACGUGACCAUGUUCCUGUCGAGCUACACCACAGGCCGCAACCUCACCAUCACAAACGGCACGGCGACGGCUAAUAACGCUAGCCUCGGGAAUAUCAUGUACCAGGAGCCCGGCAGCACGGUGAAACACGUCAACUGGAUCUGGCCCGAUUGUCUGGUUGGUGACGGCCAGCCCAGCUCGGCCGACAGCGACCGCGGCGCCUACAACAUUUCCAUUCGUCAAAAUUUCCGCCUCAACGGCGAGGACCACUACACAAUCUUCGACGUGCCCAUCUCGGUGACCAACAGAAUUCAGGAGAAGGACGGCCGACCGUCGUGCGACGCGCUCAACAACGCGCUCCUGACGGAGGAGGAACUCGACGCGCCGAACGCCAACGCCGUCGGCGUGCUCUUCGCACCGGGUGGCUCGACCACUGUCGAGGUUAAGUCCGGUGGCGGCGCCGAUAGCGGCAGCGGCGGCGGCGACGGGCUCGGCGGGCCCAAGCCGGAGGCGUCACCCGGCGAUGGGCUCGGUGCGGGAAGCAGCUUGAGCUGGAGGGACGGCGCGCACUGGCUGUGCCUCGUGAGCAUCGGCGCCGCGCUGAUGCUUUGAAGAGACCGAGAGAGUUGGUGCAUGAGUAAGGGAGACCCUUUUCUUCUAUUUUUCUUUACCUUUCAUGAUACCCGGACACAGAGGCCUGUAUUAGUACAUAUUCCUUAAUCGAGUUCGCGUGGGUGGGUUGGUGAAUUUGUGGCUGCGCGGUCACGAGACCGUCCGUUGCGGUGUAUUUCAACACACAGACAUUUCCAACGGUUGAAAACCAUCCCUCAUGCCCUUCUAGAAAGCCUUUGACUUUCAGGAUUUGACCGAGGCCUGGGUUAAGGGUGUUGCAGAUGAAGAAAGACUCUGGGGAAAAGAAACCAGCCAGGUCUGGUCUUUC